AUGGCGGAUGGAUUGGUGGGACCUGGGGUUCUCCGAACCCCUCCGCCCUUCGUGCCCAAGUUCCUUUCGUCGCCCCCGUUCCCGCCCCUCAGAAGCGGGUCGGGGCCCUCGCCAUCGUCGCCUGUCACAUUUCCCUGCCCCGGAAGAAAACCCAACUCUUCAUGCUCCUUUUGUUCUACCAGGUAUCUUCGGUUCUCCCGUCGCAUGGCCUGCCGCUGCGGAGACUCCUCUCGCGCGGCGCCGUUAUCAAACGAGAACGACGACCAAGCGCAGCCUUCACUUUUGGUGUUCUCAGGUCAGCAGCAUGGCUGGCUUUCGAAUCCCAGAAAGCGAAGUUCGAUUUGUUGAUUCGUAGUUGUGUACCGGUGAUCAUUAGCAACGCCUAAUCUUUUGUGCAUUCGACGCGACUCUAUUCUUUUUCGACGUGACAGCGAGCGUGGCAUUGUACUGUGCCGAUCCUCCUUGAGAUGGAAAUGAAAGAGGCCAGUCCUCAGUUUCUUUCGGAGAUAUCUCGUUUUCCACAUAGCGCUCUGCAUUCUUGCUUCAUCCUAUCCCUCUUUUUAAGCUGCAUUUGCGCGAGAAUGGGAAAUUUAAUGUUCAUUUAAAUGAGAGGACCACCUCAUACUUAGGAAGGGAUCGAAAUGACGCGAACAUAAUGCUGGGUUGAUUUUUAGUUUUAUUUUUAAAAAACUCUGUUAGGGAUAUCUUGGCACAAAAAGGUACACUACGAUACGAACUAUCAGACCUGCUUUCUCCAUCGAUACAUUUUAUUACUCUGUUUCUUAUUUAUGAUCACAUGUUGAGAUCCUAUUGAAACAGGUUUUUUAUUUGAUUUUUUUUCAGCAAAUGCUUGUUGAAAGUAAGCCAUCUCAUAGUGUAAUGACAUACCAUAAUAUUUGAGGAUUUUUUUCUUGAAUACUAAUCCAGGACUUUUCUAUACCUUCAACCCCAAUGUGGGCUUUUGUGCACACCUUCUACUCAACUCCAGUAUUAAUAAAAGUCACUCCUUAGGUAUCCAAGGAUAGCUUAGGUCUUUGUUCUUAGGUUGAAAAAUUACGUGUAAUUUUUUAAGUUUCCCUCAUUGGUUAAGCAAUUUUCAAUAGAUGGAUGCUUUCAAUUGGCAACGGUUUUUGUGUUGCUUCCAUUGAUUUUCCUAAGCUUGUUAUCCGAAAAUUUCUCAGUAAAUAUUUAUUUUACUACUGCUAAUAUCGUCUUCUUGGUUGAUUUCAGGGGGCACUGCAUUCAAUGGUGUUGUAGAGGAGUUAAAGAGGGUAACAACUCGUGUAGCACAUGUUCUUCCUGUUUCUGACGAUGGAGGAAGUACUGCCGAGAUAGUUAGUGUGCUUGGUGGGUUAAUGGAUUCUUAUGUUACCAAUAUAAAAAAAUUAUAAUGGAUUUUGAGAUUUUUUUAUUCCUUAACAGAAGGUACAUUUAACAGGUAUUUUACAGGUGGACCAGCUGUUGGUGACAUUCGGUCCAGAUGCCUGAGAUUGUCUGACGAAAGUACUUGCGAAGCUCUUGCUGUUCGUAGGCUUCUUGGGCAUCGGCUACCCCAUGAUGCGGUACUAGCUAAAAGAGAAUGGUAUCAAAAGACUCGGACUUCUUUCUUUGUUCUAUCAAACUUUGGGGUUCUCUUCUUGUAAUACCUUGGAUGCUCUCUAUGAAAUUUCAAUAGGUUUCUAUUCCUUCACACGAGCUAUUCGUGGACACCAAUACUUUAAACGAGGUGUUACUUGGUAUCUUUCAAUGUCAGUGCUGGAUGGUUGUUACUAACGUAUAUGUGGAAGAUGAUCCUGACUGUAGCAAAAGCAUAAAUCGUAGUGGGUUGCAUAUUUACCCGAAAAAUGUGGUCAUAGUUUGCCAAAAAUGCUUUGGCUGCUUGCCCUUGAUGCUCGUGACAAUCCUUUAGUUGAACAUCUGAAACUGCAUUUUUGAGAAAGGAUUUUUGGUAGGCUAGUAUCUGGAGUCAGUUCGUUUUGGACUACAAUCGGAUUGGAUGGCGAAUCCAGUCAUGCUGAUCUAAGCCAGAAGGAAGGGAGAAAAGAGGUAAUAACCGAGCAGAUGGAGAGGAAGAAAUGGAAAAAGGAGAGAAAAGAAAGAGCAGUGUGGAUUAAAAUGAAGUAAGAAAUUUGGGUAGGAAAAUAGAAAAAGUUAUUAUCUAAAUGUAGCUAAGAUUUGCUAUCAGAUAUGUGGUGGUUGCUGGAUAUGAAUAAGCUAGUUCUUUCUGUUACUUGGCCAAAACAACUUUAGGUUUUAGUUGUCUUUUUAGUCACAGCAUAUAUAAAUCGUUGCAGCAAAAAGUGGAACAGUGGCUUACUCUUUUUUAAUCCUUAUAUACUUGAUUAUUAUCUUCCUGAAGAAAGGGCAUUGAACAUUAAUGAUACAGACAAAUAUGCGAAUGAUGAUUCUGGUGAUUCUUUUAUGCAAAAUCAGCUAUUUUUUUCAAUAUUAAAGUAUCAGCUUCUGAUUCUUUUAAAGAUAGAAAGAUUAUUGUGAUCUAUUUUGGCAGAUGGCUUAGUAUAAAGAGUACACCUUUUACAAUUUUUUACCAUCCCAAUGAUGCAGUACUAAGAGGAGUUGUAUGCCCAUGAAAACUGGGGUGUAUGUUUCAGCCCCUGCCCCUGGUACACGGGGAGGAUUCUUGCCUUCAAUGAGUGCUGAAAGUUCUAACGCACCCAAUCAUGGAACGUUUUUUCUUCUUGGUUUUGCACGGUUGUAGUGUUUUUUGGUUUGUCCCCGCUGAAGGUUGUCUAAAGAAAGGGAAUAAAUUUAAAGUCAGUUUGCUUAUUGUUGAAGAUUUGUUUUAUGUACAAUUAUAUAUUCAAUCUAGCACCUUUGCCAUCAUAUCAUGGAGCUUCUGUCACCUGUUAUUUCUGAUUUUUUCUUUGCUAAACCGUUAUUUUAUUCUGAAAUAAGAAUUGCUCUAAUGGUCUGUAAAUGAAAGAUGGGUGGCUGGUCCACAGGUUUAUUUUCGUACUCAUGAAUAUAAAAGUUAUAUCUACAAAGUUCUGAACUUGUGGGCUUGAUAGUAGAUUAGGAGAUAACACGCAACAAUAUCUGUUAUCUGCAAUGAUCACAAGCUCCACAUAUUGUGGUGAAACAUCUCAGUUGGCCUUUUAUACUUCUUGGAUCUGUCAAGUAUAAUUGAUGGUUUUUGUGGCGUUUUUCCUUAUCUUGUUACAGUCCUACUAUGGCCCUGCUUUGCAAAUUACUAUCGUAAUUAGUGAAAUUUUCUACUCUGAGCCUUUUGAUGUUAAGAUAGUAGAUUAAGUGAAUGAUACGAUUAUGCUGAGCUGCAAAUUUGGCAGGUAUGAAAUUGUGGAAGGGCUUCACUUCCUUUGGAAAGAUGUAUCACAACCCUACAGGGAAACGAUACGUGCAUUUCUGGUUUAUUUUCAAAAUGAGGUAUUCAAUCGAUUUGGUUAUUGGAUUAAAUCUGUUACAUUUUAAGUGAAAGUAAGAAACUUAUACAAAGCGUUCCUUCAUGGCUUCUAGUAAAUUCUUCUAUAGCUUUUUUGUAAUAAUGAUUGUUCACUCAAUGCUUUCCUUUCUGUUUCAUUCUUUUCCUUGUAAGUAAUCAGUAGCAACUAAUUGUAAGAUAAGGAUGCAAAAGGGAGGUGCUGCAUGGUCUGGCGGGACAAAGGUUUUAUGGCUGACUACCUGAAACUGAGAACUGUGUAAUGAAACAAUUUUAAAGUUAGAUUGUUGGGAUGUCUUUCACGUCACUCCACUGUUGUGUUCCCUCAUACCAUUCUGCUCCAAGUUUAGAUGUUUUAUUCUUCUAAAUUUUAGUUUGAUGCUCAAAUGUUUCUUUUGUUUUUCAAAGGAUUUCUUUUAUAUUUUCCAUCAAUAUAAGCAUCUUUAUAGAUCGAAUGACACCAAACAGCAUUUUAGUUAUUUUACACGUUUUUUUCCUUACCGAUGGCAUCAUAUCUUAUCUGAAGUACUUGAUAUUCUUUUUUCUAUGUUCUAUGGGUUUCUUAAUGUGGUGCCUAUUCUGUUAGCAUGUUACCUAAAGUUUUUGGGCUUCUGUGGAAUUUAUUCUACAACAACAUUUUUUGCAGAUACUCCGUCAUUCAAGUCAAUACUUUUGUUUCAGUAAUGGCAGGUAUUUCUCAUUUUCUUAAAAAUAGAAAUAUGAUUUUAUAGGUCUCCCUUUUCAUUAUAUCAUGACAUAAAAAUGUCUUAAAAAAAUGUGUUUGAAGUCUAGUGUUUGAGACCCAUUGCUUGACAAUAUCUCUCGAAUAUUAUCAGAUAAGGUGGUAUCAUUAGUUCCAUGGAUUAUCGAAAUUUCCAAAUUCUUUUUCGAUCUUUCUACAGUGGAGCCAUUGUUUUCUCUUUCAUAACUUGUUUCCAGGAAUUCGUGCUCUAUUGUUCCCCUCUACAUCGCUUUCACCAUCCUAAGUCCUCAUUGACUGUCAAUUACUCAACCUACUGAUAAUAUUAGGGUAUCCAUGCACUUCAAUCUAUUGUAUCUCUUCCUGAGAAAUUCCGUCAUCCGUGGUUGCAGAAAUUGCGCAUGUAGGAGUGUAUCCCUUUGCUGACUUUCUGAAACAUGGCUACUAAUAUCUGUCUUGCUUCGCAACUGGUCAUAGUUAUAAAUGUUUAGGCUUCAAAUCAGAAAGUUUAAUGCGAUAUAAGAUUUUAAAUGGAACCACCUGCCUUUGGCUUUAAAGAAAAUUCGUCUAUUUGCCUAUUUUUAAAAAUGAAGUCAUCAUUUUUCUUAAAUUAUGAAAAAUGCCAUAAAUAUUGAAGUUUAUGGUGGGUAAGAUCUUUCUGCUCUAGAGAUUUUGCAUGCAGAUUAUCUAAUCUUAGAAGCUGUUACGAUCCCCUCCUCACCUCUCAGUCAAUGAAGGUAAAAUGUCAAUGGAUUCAAGAAAAAAUGUAACAGAGAAAAACAAUGUAACAUGUGGGAAUUAGUUCUCGAGAAUUCCCCACUCUCCAGUCUUAUCUCUCUCUUCUUCCAAGAUACCCCCCCCCUUAUUUAGAAGGAAAGGGGUAUUUAUACCGUUCAUCCCCACUCUUUCCCAAACGUUCAAUGUGGAACCUUCUAGACUAUUUGCUUAUGAUGAACAUAUGUUUUGAAGGGUACCAUAUCAAAAGCUUGUUGCUUUUUUGAACUUACAAAAAACGAAUUUGAUUUUUAUAUUUUCAACCAAGUUUUUUAAUGUUGUUGACGAUGUAAAUAGAUUAGGCACUAUAGCUACUGAUCUCGACUGGUGGAAGAUUCUCUUACCAUCUUGUGGGCUGUAGGGAAAAGAAAUACAAGAUGAUUAGAACAACAGUCAGAUUGUUUGCUUUUAACUAGUCUAGAGUAGUAAAAAUGGAUGGUGGCAUUCCAGCUUGGUAGAUACACUUGACCAAGAACAAGAACAACCUCCUUUCUGGGUUUCUCCUUUUUCCCUUAGCAUCUUACUACGUGAGAGUGGGAUUUUCGUUCUAUUGCUUAUCUUGUUUGCUUCGAUUUUUUUCUGUUUAUUUCUUUUUAUGUUUUUCUUGGUUUAAUAUGAUGGUUGCACGACCUCCUGAGGAAAAAGUCAUGGAGACGUCAUCUAGUCGUUUUAUGUGCUUGUAUGAGCGUAGUUCGACUUUUAUUUCUGUUUCAUGUUUUAUCACUGCCAUCUCCAAAACCUGUUAAGGGAAAUGCUUGUAUGAACGUCACUUCCACCUUUACAUUUAAGCAGCAAGAGGACCUUAAGUCGAAAAAUUAAGCCCUAGUGUUUGGCAACUUUCUUGGAACUUAGUCCAAUAACGCUGAGAUUGAUCAAUUUUUCAAGGUUCCAGUCCUCUGUUUGCAUAGUUGAAGCCUUUUGAAAGGUAAUUGAGGUUUUUUAAAAAGAACUUUUCCUAUUUUUUCAUGCUAUGUCAAAAUAUGAAAAAUAUUCGCAUGUGUUGUCUUAGCUGCCUACAUAUUAGUGGGCCGAUCAAUGUAUAAUGUGUUGUUUCUAUUUGAACGUGAGAUAUCAUUUCUAGAUGUCCUGACCAGUUGUUAUCCAUUUUGCAGCAUUGGGAACUUCUUCUUUGCUGGAGCUCGGAUAUUCUUCCAGUCUUUGGAUGCUGCAGUCUUUUUGUUUUCACGUGUUUCAGAUAUUCCUGCAGAAAGUCUUGUCCUUCCUGUUGUCUCCACCAAUGAUAGGCUUACGUUGGGAUGUGAGUUAUGGGUAUGCUUGGUGCCUUUACCUUGUUUACCAAAAUGGUAAAAAAAUAUCAUGCAUUUAUUAUGAUCUUUGUGUCCUAUAUUAUCAGGAUGGAACUAUAAUACGGGGACAAAACGAAAUAUCGCAUCCAACUAAUGGAUUGUUGGAACCAAUAAAUAAGGUACAAACUCAGAGAGGUAGUCCAUGUAACAUGUGUACCUUCCAUAUGCUUUCAUUUUUUAGAAAAUGAAAUUUUUUCGAAUAAGAAUAUUUCAGAACUGCGUUUAUGGGGAAGGUAAGAAAAGGUCAUCAUUGUAUUUUGGUUAUGCCUCUUAUACCUCUGAGCUGCAUAAGUUACCAUUCUGGUUCUGCAUAUGUUAAUUACAAGGCAUGAAUGUCAAGUGGGAAUUUCCAAAGAAAAUGGACAAAUGAUCUCAAGAAUCGGGAUAUAGCUCCAGUAGGCAUACAGUCUAAACCAUUGCAAUAUCUUACUCACAUAGUUCACUAAAGUUUCUCUGCCCACGUUUCACGGAUGCAUUUCCUACUUGGAGUUUGAGGAUAGUUUAGUUGUGAAAUUUAGCUGUGAAAUUACCAUGAGGGGCAAUUCCAUUCUAAUCUAGUGGUCGAGAAUCUAAUAUAAAUAGUGAGAUUUCAGAAGGAAUUUUCGAGAAUUCGUGUCGGUUCCCAGUGAACACCUGUGGUUAGAUUUUUAAUGGUGUGAUGUACUGGAAAGGUCAUCUGGUUGACAAGAUUAACUGAAAAAUAUUUUUUGGUGACACGCCAACCUGAACACCACAUUUGUUACGUGGAGAGGCUGAAGACCUACUCUACUAGCCAGGCUAUGAUGAAAUCAGUUGAUGUCUAGUACGAAGGAGUUAACCAACGAAUGGUUCAUUUCAUUGCCUGCCAAACCUACUGUUUUGCGUCAACCUAUUCGGUUUGUACACUUGUCAACCUAUUCGGUGUGGACACACAAAUAGUUUGUCGUCCAUUGCUUAUCUAUAGUGGUAUAACUUUGACAUUGAUUUUGUUAAUCGAGUUUUUACCUUAUUUCAGGUUUUUGUAGUUGUAAUAUUUUACUAAUUCAAACAUUUGUUAGUUUGCUGCUAUUUGCUUGUAGUUGAUAUCCCUGCUUGCUGUCUCUUUGCAUUAAUCUUUUCACAUGUAUGUAGUGGAAAGAUACGAAAUUGCAUCCUCUGUGCAUGAAAUUUUAAACACCCUUGUUGUUAGGUGUUUCAUCCAAGUAUUAUUUCAUGUUUAGGAAUCAUCAACUGCAGCACUGCCAUCAAGAAUAAAGCGAGUCUUCUACAUGUCUAGUGAGGGCAGCAACUUACUGCACGAGGUCAAUGAGAUGCCCCUAUCUGCUCUUUUUUUUAACGUCACCUCUGAGGUUUUAUUGAUUUGUUCGAAACAUAUUCUUCUGUUGUAUAUCAUGCGCCAGUUCUUACGAUUCUUCUUAUUAAGUAAAAUUUUCAUUCCAAAUAUUAUUUUUAGGCAUAAAAUCUAUGCUUGGUGUUCUGGAAGGUAGUCACAAACUAUUUAUGAUGAAUUUCGGAGAAAAAUAUUCCACCUAGCUGAAUCUAUGAUUGAUAUUCUUUUCACUGGUGUCAGAUGGAAGCAUAUUGAAUUGAGAGCGGGCUGAGUACAUCUCAAAAGGAACGUGGGGUUAGGGUCGUGAUCAAGUGCCAAAAACCACUAGCCAAUGAAAUUUCCCGGCUUCCACAAUAAGAAUGGAGGGAUUUAUGAGACUCACAUGUCCUCUUUGUUAAUGAAGACUUGGCAAUCAUGAGCGAUAUUAAGGAACAUGAAGUGAUCGAGGGUCGUCAUGCCUGAUGGUCAUUAAAUGAUUAAAUAUGUCCCAAAAUGUAUCCACAUCAGCCUAUGCAUUGACUUAGUGAACUUGUUGGCGCCUUUUGGGUACUGAGUGUAGUGUUCAUUCCAUCUUCUUAUUGGGUAAUCUUUUGCUUGUCACCCGCAUGUUUGGUUGUUUUUUGUUUGUUCAUGGUUUAAGCUUGGAAAUCGAAUUGUUCUCAUGCCAUUAAAGAGGAUAGGUAAACUUUUGUAUAUUAAGGGGGUAAACAACUUAACUGGUUCAAAGUAAUCAUGUAGGACUGGGAAAAAGUUGUAGAAAGAAUACUGUGCUCGGAGCUUAAUAUAAAUUCAUUGCAGUACCAAGCAACGUAAAUAUUUUCUCCUGUUGGUUUAUUUUAAUGUGCUUGGCUACUACUCUAUCAAAGCUACUAUGAGCUAUUUUCCUUAUUUCUUUCACUUCCAACAAUCUAUCACUGACUGUGGCUUAUAGGUUUUCCCUGUAGCCAACCCUAUUGUCCUGGAGCAAUUGAGUAAAGUCGAUUCUAUUGUGUACGCUAUGGGCUCCCUUUUUACUUCCAUCUGCCCAUCAUUGGUAAAUCUCUCUUUUUGAUUGCUUAAAUAUGACGAAUUGGACUCUUUGUUAUAUUAUUUCAGUUUGUUGGUACAUUUCUGCGUCCAUACAUAUGCGGCUGUUAUUAUUGAAGUACAAUGCUUUAGAAAGGCGUAGGUGGAGCCUGAGUUCGAACCCAAUCUUUAUGACAUCAGGAAACCAUGAAUGUGAUGUUUGGUAUGCACGAUGUAUUCAUUUGGGAUUAGAAUAGUGCGCUGUCCACCAAAAUAACCACGAGUCCCAAAAUACUCUAUUUCAUAUAGAAUGUUGUUUAUUUGCAUUCUGAUGACAUAUGUGGGUGAUCCUAUCUCUGAGAUCGAGAAUUGUAGGUAUGGAGGCUUAGACCGUUUACAGACUUUUUUUGCAAGUAAACAAUUGAAAAAGAGAUUUCUUAAGACAAAUGUAUCCAACAAUUUCCUAGUUUGUUGGAUGCUAAAUGAAAACCUAUUGGGUUUGAUUUUUUUCUACCUUGUUACUUUUGUUCUAGAUUCUUGUAAAAUGAGCUUAAUUAUGAACACAAGAGAUGCUAAUUCCGCGUGAUGCUAGUGCAAACUGGAAAGGAUGACGAGAAGACGACCAUCUGGAUAGUGGUAUGAAUGUACAAUACUCUUAAAAAUAAGGGAGACGAUUGAUGAUAUGUGAUGACGCAUGUCACGCAGUAUGAAAUUCCACGGCUGAGCUUCUCCCAAUGGUUGAACACGAGAUAAAGCAGAUGAUGGGAAAUGUAGAUCUAUUGCAAAAGGGUGUUCAUCGUUCAUUGCUGUGUAAAAAAUAUAGGAAUAGUUGAUGUAUAGUUUGGUGGAUGGUAAGCAUGUAAAGUAAAUAAGUGGCUUUCUUUUAUCAUAGUGUACUGUUUGUGCUGUUUUGUUUUCUUCAUUUUCUUUUAUGUUGCAUAUUUAGAUUAGUUUAUUUAAUAAAAUAAUAACAUAAGUGACCUUCGAAAAUAAUAUAUUUGUUGGUCAGCAAUUACCGUUAGAGGUUAGGGUGCAUCAAUAUAGAGGAAAACUCAGAGAAAUGUUCAAUUUUUCUGAACGUGAAUAUCCGUAAAAGCUAAGUGACAGGGAACAUGUAAGAUGUAGUCAUACUUAAAAAGGUGCAAUUAAGAAACCCUGCACCUAACGAUGUGUUCAUUUGAAAAAAGUUAACAUAAUGAUUGUACUAAGAUAAGCACCGUAGAUAAAUCUUAAAGCAUUCUUUGUUUUAGUGUGUUGAUAUCCGGGAAGAGGAAAGAUGAUAGGAAGAGUAAGGAGGUGGUAAGGCAUUUAUGAUUGUUGGUGCAGGUCAAGUCGCUAGGUCAUUGUAUUAACAGUCGGCAGCAUCCAUGGGACUGGCUGUUAGCAGCAAAGAAUCAUGAAGGGAUAAAUGCUUUUUUCUUAAACUAGAGUGAAAGGAAGAUGAUUUGAGCUUGACGCUAUGGUGUGGAAUCAGUAAAAAAGCGUACUACUCUUGCACAUGCGAGCUUUUGAUUAAAACCGAGUGGAUCUAAAUGGAAAAAAAUUACCGAAUUGGAUUCUUAGAUUUUCAAUUAAAAUCAUGAUGUAUUGCUGGAAUGUUGAUCGUUGACCUUAUUUACUACGGAUGUCUAGAUCUCGCGAAAAAAAGUUGAGAAGAAAUAUUGAAAUUUGACGCCGGGUAAACAUGGUUUAGUUUCCAUGGCUUCCCAUGGCACUUCAGUUUGGGUAUCCCAUCCUAAAACUGUCCAUUAUCCUUUCAGACUCUUAGGUUUCAAUGUCGAUUCCAAAGGCAGUCAAACAGUUUGUACAUGGUGAUAUGUAUCAAUGACAUCCUUGUUGUGAAUUUCAUAUUUGUUCUGCUAAUUAACUACAUAAUACCGAGUUUUUCUUUUAAGAUUUUGAAUUUUGUUAUAGAGGCUUCAUUUUAAUUGCCACCUGGUUAAUAAGGGCAUCUUAAAUUGAUUCCCGUCAGAUAAUGAACAACUAUUUUGAUUGUUGAUGUGACAUCAAAGUUUACUUGAAAGCUAAUGUUCUGCUCACUUUUAUUUAGUUUAUUAUUAUUGUAAUUAUUUUUUUUACUUAGUUUUCAAAGAUCAAUCUUUCGCUUACAUUCAGUGAUUUCAGGUGUUGCUUGGCAUCGGUGAGAUUAUUUCAUCACGAUCUAUUCCGAAGGUAUUUUUUUUAAUGUUGAAACUUUAAUUUGUUUAAAUUCUGUCCUUUCAAUUUAGUUUCUUUUCCAAUAAUUUUGCUUCUUAUUUUGGUGUUUGCUUGACCAUUAUAUUAUAAUAGCUUGAUUGGAACGAUGAUAACUAUCCAUGGUGAACACACAAAUUGGGUUCGAGCCAAAUUGCUUUCAAAGUGCUCUGAUCUCCUAUCUACUUGCCCCUGUGGAACUCAUUCACAUGACUUAAUUGUCCUUCCUGUUCACGUCCCUUAAAUAUACCACAUCAUGCCUUACUGAUUUGUAUCAUUGUAGCCCUACUGAUUUCGUUUCUCUUGUCGAACACAGCUCUUACCUCCACAAAAUUGAACGGAAACUAAUAUGUUGAAGUGUCUAAAUAUGAGAGACAAUUGUCUGAAUGGCAUAUCGUAGAUUAGUUACCCAGGACCCAGGUGGCUCAUUUCGACUAAGUAAACUGCAAAUUUUUCAAAUAACUGCUGCCUGGAAGGACUCGAACUAUGGUCAGCUAAGGUAUCCAGAUUAAGACGGUGAUUGCCCAGAGUUUUAACUUAAUUGUUUUGUGUGAUGCCCAUGCAGAACAUGGCGAAGUUUUAAAAGUUUCAUGGGAGGGAUUUCUGCUGUUGACAGAAAUUUAUGCUAUUUAGUCCUCUUACCUGGUCUCAGCGAAAGAAUACUUUUUUACCUAUAAUUGGCAACUAUCCUGUGGAGCAGAUCCCUUGUUCAUUGAUUCAGUGGCCAAUAUUUCUUGUAGGUCCUGCUAUUAAACGGGUCACAUGACAGGGAAACUUCUGGUAUGUCAGCAUCCGACUUUGUAACUGCCAUUGCGAAUGCACUAGACAGAACCUAUGGGGACCCCCGGAAAAGGUUAAAGAAACUUGUAAGUGUACGAGUACCAUGCUGUUGUUUUCUGUGGAAUACGCAUACUUUCUUUUCUUUACUUUUAUUUUUUGUUUAUUGCUCUCAAUGAUAAGGAGACCCAUAUAGCUCAAUGAAAAUACUCAUCAUUACCUUGCUUAUCUUCCAUUUUUCUUUGAUUCGCGCAUCAGAACUAGAAUAAUUGGUGAUACAUCUGUCACAUUUCAGUGAGUAACUAUAAUUCUGUCCUUUGUUCAUGCACAGCCUGGUGAAUACGUCAACUCAUUGUUGGUGCCAAGAGGUGGUCAAGUGCCCGUAGAUACCGAGUGUUUGGCUGCUCAGGGAAUUUUUCAUGUGGUACUGAUCAAAUUUUCUUUCUUCUGGUACAUUGCAUAAUUACCUUUGUCUUUUCCGUUGACCGAACAUGCAGCCACCUGGAUAGAUAAUUCUAGUGAAUCGGUUCAAACACAACUGCUCAGCAGCUGGUAGAGUAAAAUAUACAUCAGUUUGAUGCAACUUAGUUCUUCAUUAUGGAUCAUGAUGUGGAUGCGUUCUGGUUUCAUGAUCAUGCCUUGUACAUCCUCGACGUUAAGUCUUCUGACAGUCCCGUCCCUCUUUUCUCAUAGAAAGAAGGUUCAAUGCUCGCAGUUGUUUGCCAGACCUCGUGGGUCUUACUGUUCUAGGUUCCAAGACUCAUUGCUUUGGUUCAUUUAACCCACGUGUUUGACAGCGUUAUUUCUCCAUGCAGGUCACUGUUGAAUCUAUCCUGGACCCAAAGUUGGGAGUAAUAUUUGAUCCAAAGAGCCUGGUUGAAGCCCUCGUUAAUCUGAUCAGAGAGCAAAAAUACUCACGAUUGAGGUAG